AUGAAUGAGGACGCGGUGAGGUACUUGGUGUUUGAUCGCAUCCGUAAGGAUAUGGUGAGUAGUGCGAGUGCAAUUAUUGGCAGCACAAACAAGAACGGCGCUUCACGCCUAAAUCCGUCUGUCUCGACGUACACUAGUCCGAUCAUAGCACCGUAUACGACCAAAAUUUGUGUUGGAUGUAGAACUGAAGACAUUUUGAACAUCUGA